AUGAGGCUUAACCCCGCCCCGCAGCCGGGUGGGCAGGCAGCCAGCCAGGCGGGCCCCUGCCCGCGGAGCCCCCCCCACCCCGAGCGCCCGCAGCUGUUCCAGCCGGAGCUGCUGGAAAGCGGCCACGCUCCCCAGACUUUGUCUCCCUCGCACACAGCGCUGAACUCUGCUCCCUCCCUCCUCCCUCCCAUCCCCAGGGGCGCUCGCGGCUCCCCCCACCUCCACCGCCCCAAGCCGCAGACGCGCGGCGGGGGGAAGGGGGAGAGCUCCCGCCGCCUCCCCGGGGGAUCCACGGCGCUCCGGGAGAGCGACCGCCGACGGGGCGGGCACCGAGCGCUGCCCCCGGAGCCGCGUCCGGCGGAGCGCAGCCCGUUUAAACUUCCUGCUCCCGGCCCGGCUGGGAAGGGGACGAGGAGCCCGGCCGGACUCAGCCCCUCGACACACACAACAGCUGGAGCUGUCAAAACUUCCUCCGCUCGGCCUCGGCCCCCGCCGCCUCCGCCGCCGCCGCCCGCUCCUCCUCCGCCCCCGGGGGCUCUGCGCGGGGGGAGGGCGCAGGGCCAGGGUACAAUGAAGCGGCGGCCGCCGCAGCCGGGCAGCGCAGCAGCCGGAGCCGCCGCCAGCGCCCGGGGCCUCUAA